AUGACAGCGGAGUUAACCAGGCGAGUUUUAACUCUUUUAUUCGUGAGAGAAGGAGACCGUCUUCUCUUGGGUUACAAAAAGAAUGGAUUCGGCAAGGGAAAGUGGAACGGAUUUGGUGGAAAGGUCAAGGACGGCGAGACCGUAGAAGCAGCUGCCAUCAGGGAGCUGGAAGAGGAGUCUGGCGUCAUUGUGUCGUACACCUCAUUGAAGAAGCUUGCAAAGAUGGAAAUGGAGUUUGAAGGAUGGAAUGAACUCCUGGAGAUUCAUCUCUUCACUACUCAUACAUUCUGUGAAAUGAGGCCAAAGUGGUUCCACAUCACAGAUCUUCCCUUUUCAGAGAUGUGGGCAGAUGAUUCCCACUGGUUCCCCUUUCUCUUGGCAGAGAAGAAGUUUAUUGCCAAAUUCCAGUUCCGCGAUAUGGAGACCAUCAGCUCCUUCUUCAUCAAGCUGGUCGAUGACCUCAAUGCUCCUUCUUGA